AUCAUAAGAGGACUGGUAACAAGCAACGGAGCACAMAUCGCAGAGCAUCAAGCCGAGAUAUUUACUCGGAUUUUUCUUCCUUUUACUGUCGCUUGUUUUAUAUUGUGGAACAUCAGUCUUUAGGCUUAUAUAUCAAGAAAWUUUUCGAACUACAUUGUUUUUCAAGGUUGUACAUAUGUCAUCUAGAAAUACUCAGCCUGUCGAAGACAGGACUCCGGAAGGAACCAGUCGGCCAUUGCCGGCCAAGAAAGACACGCGGAAACACGGCACCUCACAACGAUUUACUUCAAGAAGUGUCUCUACGGCGUCUAAAAGAAUACAGAAGGAAUUAGCAGCUAUCACACUGGAUCCUCCUCCAAACUGUAGUGCUGGUCCAAAAGGCGAUGAUAUAUACGAAUGGUAUGCAACAAUUCUAGGUCCACCMGGKUCUGUGUAUGAAAARGGAGUUUUCUUUCUUGAUAUUCAUUUUCCUCCAGACUAUCCCUUCAAACCUCCAAAAGUCACAUUUAGAACUCGAAUCUACCACUGUAACAUCAACAGCAAAGGUGUUAUCUGCAUAGAUAUCUUGAAAGAUGGCUGGAGUCCUGCUCUAACAAUGAGCAAAGUUUUAUUAUCAAUUCGAUCGCUGCUGUCAGAUUGUAAUCCAGAUGAUCCUCUGGUUGGUAGCAUAGCAACGGAAUACUUACAAAAUAAAGAACAACAUGAUAAAACAGCAAGAGAAUGGACCAAUCGAUAUGCCACAUAAAAAAUACUUGUCAGAAGUCAAGAACUGUACAUAUUUCGUAUACAUAUACAUUUCUAUAUCAAUAGUUACACAAUAUUGGGAUAUAAAGAURCUCAAAGAUUUUUUUGUGCAACGCAGGGAUAAUUUAACUUACAUUCACAGCGAAUGAAUUAUUUAAUAUUUAUUUUUAAUUUUAUCAAUCAAUUGUAAUGAAAUUACAGCAAACAAAUAUYAAGUGUCGAUUUGUGUAUUGUCGAAGCUGAGUAGACUUCCUCAGCAAAUGUUUCUUUAUCAAAAAGGCCGUUUKCGAAAAAGAAUACAAGAGUUUUUUGUCAUAUAUUACUAUUUCACAAAACAGAAUUAGUUACGGUUUGUAGUUUUUAUCGCUAUUGAAAAAAACUUUAAUAAAAUAGACAUUUACUUCCUUCUUUAGA